AUGUCGUCUAACACCAACUUGGACAUCUGGUUUGCUGGUGCAUUUGCUGCUUUCACUGUCGAUUUGCUUGUUUACCCUCUAGAUACCCUCAAGACCCGUCUCCAGUCACAAGAUUACCGAAAAUUGUACACGAAUGCCAACGGCUCAACAAAACCCUCCCUGUUCGGCGGAUUGUAUCAAGGCGUUGGCUCCAUCAUCCUUAUCACCAUUCCCUCCUCGGGCGCAUUCUUUACCACCUACGAAACUUUAAAAUACCUUCUGAAGGAAAACAUUCCUCCCAACUCUACUAUUUAUCUUCCUCAACCUGCCAUACAUGCCGUCUCUAGUGCCGGAGCAGAGCUAGUUAGCUGCGCCAUCUUGACACCUGCAGAAGUUCUCAAGCAAAAUGCUCAAAUGAUCAGUUCAGGAAAACGGCGUUCCACGUCUCUGGAAGUUUUCAAACAGUUCCAAAGUCAUCCGACCAGAUUAUGGAGGGGCUAUGCAGCGUUGGCGGCAAGAAAUCUCCCCUUUACCGGGAUACAAUUUCCAGCAUUUGAAUCAUUAAAAUCCUAUUUUAUGCAAAGACGGAAAGCCCAGAAAGAUGGAAAACCUGUCGAUGGAGUACUUGAACGGGCAGGGGUUACUGCCAUGAGUGCUGGCAUAGCCGGUAGUGGUGCGGCAUGGAUUACAACUCCAAUUGAUGUGGUCAAGACAAGAAUCAUGCUAGCAGCGGGAUCUGGAGAUGAUGGUUCAAAGACGGAUGCGAAGUCAAAGCCGUCAAAGUGGCUCCUCCAUGGUGCUUCGGGAUCACGUAAAAGUGGUCUUGUCGUUGCCAGAGAGAUUCUCAAAGCAGAAGGCGUGCCAGGAUUGUUCCGAGGCGCUUUGCUUCGAGCAUGUUGGACAUCUCUUGGUAGUGGACUCUAUCUUGGAUGUUAUGAAGGCGGUCGAUUCUAUCUUGAGAGUACAAGAGAGAAAGAGAAAGAGGGCGAUCACCUUAUGCAAAGUGACUGGUCGAAAGUGAAAGUUGGGGUCGGGCCAAGCAGAUCUCAUGGCGUCGUGAGGAAGAGUGCCUGGCAAGAAGAUUGA